GCGUCACCAGGUCCCCGCCCCGCGACCCGCCCGAGUCCUUCCCACGCCGCUCGGUGACAUUGAGCGCGCCAGCGCCACUGCGGCCAAGGAGGUCCUGUGCGCGCGUCGGAGGAGCAGUCGGCCAUGGGGAGCCUCCGCACCCUGCGCCUAGUGGCGGGAAAUUGUUUUAGGUUAUAUGAAAGAAAUGCUUCCUCGUCUCUAAGGUUUACCAGAAAUUCUGAUUUCAAGACAAUGAAUGGAUUUUGCACCAAACCACAGGAAAGCCCCAAAACACCAACCCACACUUACACCCAUAGAGUGCCAUUACACAAACCCACGGAUAUGGAGAAGAAGAUGCUGAUAUGGGCAGGGCGCUUCAAAAAGGAAGAGGAAAUUCCAGAGACCAUCUCGUUUGAGAUGCUUGAUGCUGCAAAGAACAAGCUCCGGGUAAAGAUCAGCUACAUAAUGAUUGCCCUGACAGUGGCAGGAUGCAUCUAUAUGGUGAUGGAGGGCAAGAAGGCUGUGAAAAGACAUGAGUCUUUAACAAGCUUGAACUUGGAAAAGAAAGCUCGUCUGAGAGAGGAAGCCGCUAUGAAGGCCAAGACUGAGUAGAAGUGUCUGGAAAUGCAGGAAUGAUGUGCACCUGCAUAAAAAGGGUGUGAUAAGAGAUUUGCUUCAUAAAUACAUGUUUUGCACAAAUUUAUGCCAUUUCCCUAUUUCUGCUGUAGAGGAACAAAUAAAUUUUCUUAAAGAAUGA